AUGUAUGUUGUGGGCGGUGCAGAAAACACAGUCAGCAUCGCGAGUCCCAAGGUGGCACAUGCUCUAACAGGGCUACUGGAUGCCUUUGUCAUGUUCCCUGACCACUUGCCCACGCUGUCCAUAAAAGAGGGCUUUUAUGACUUUGCAGGGUUCCCCAUUGGUGCCAUUGAUUGUACCCACAUUCCCAUCUCUGCACAUCUGGGUGAGAAUGAAGCCGAUUAUGUGAAGUCAGUUCAGAGCAACAUUCAGAUAAAUCUUGCGAUGAUGACUUGUGACCAUCACUGCAUGGUCACCAGCAUUGAGGCAAAGUGGCCUGGGUCAGUCCAUGACUCCCGGAUCUUCAGGGCGUCUGCACUGUGUCACAGAUGUGAGCAGGGGCUCUUCAGUGGACUGCUGCUUGGUGACAGGGGGUACGCCUGUCGGCCCUUUUUAAUGACCUCCUGUCCUGACCCUGAUGCAGGGCCAAAAAAUAGAUUCAACGUGGCUCUUACCAAAACAGUGGUUAGGAUAGAGAUGACAUUUGGAGUCCUGAAAGCCCGGUUCACUUGCCUGCGUGGGCUCAGAGUGGCCUCGGUGGGCAGGAUAAUUACGGCAUGUGUAGUGCUUCACAAUAUUGCCACCAUAAGGAGGGAGAGGGCCCCUCCUGUGAGCCAACAAACCCCCUGAUGUUGUAACUCCAUCACCCUAGACCACCCUGUUGGCAGGGCUGUGUGAGAGGGCAUCACGCAGCAAUUUUUUGCCUGA